AAUGUUAAAGUGACAUAGGCCUAUUUCUAUAUCGGUGUUAUUGCUAACACUGACAUAUGAAAACGGGAGGAGUUUCUGUCUUUAGGGCGCCACGCAACUAGAAGAAGCUAGUAAAUCAGUGGCUUGCCCCUUUGCAUCUGACAGUCAUGGAAGCUGAACGAUACAGGUGAACCACAGUAAGGGAACGAGGGAGACGGGAAUGAGGAGAUUUUUCAGAGCGCAUAGCUACAGCGAUGAAGACAACAGUCAGAUCCAGUACCUGACGGCUAAGUGUAACCGCCUGGCGCAUGAUAACGCAGUGCUGGAGAGGGAAUGCCUGGGGGCCAGGGAGAGAGAGAGGAGCCUGCAGAAUGAGCUGGAGGCUCUGUCCACACAGCUCUGCCAACAGGAGCAGGUCAACAUAGAUUUGAUGUUCAAACACGAUCAACUGCUCGGCAGGGUCCAUCAUGAACAGCAACGGGUGCAUCUUGUGGUGGAGGAGAGCUCCAGAGAUGCUGCACUGCUGGGCCUACAGCUGGAACAGGUCAACUCGGAGCUACUGCACCUGCAAAGGUCUGAGGUGCAGCUGGAAGGCCUGGUGGAAGAGCUGCACACUGAGGACCUGCAGAGAGCUGCAUUGACCGAGGACCUCCAGGUGCAGCUGCACAGUAAGGUAUUGGAGUUGGAAGAGCUUCAGUGCUGCUACGCUGCCAGCACCCAGGAGCUGGAGGAGCUGCGCUGCGCCAACCAGAGGAAGAUGCAGGAACUGCAGCGGGAGAACGAGGGCAGCCUGAAGAAGCUCCAGGAGACGGCCGAGCAGUUUGAGUGGCUGUGUGAACAGCAGCGCUACUGGAUGUGCUGCGUCAAGAGAUUCAAAGACUGCCUGUCAGAGGAGAAGGACUCUCUGGUGCGGCAGGUGAAACGGUUGGAGAAGGAGGUAGCAGAGCUGAGGAAGAGCUCAGAGAGCACCACCCAGAUGCUGUGCUGCCCCCUAGAGGACACAGUCAGCCAGCACUGUGACAGAAUGCCCUCUUGGGAAUCCGGUCAGAUGGCUGACCUGCAAACCCAGGUGGACAAAUGGAGAAAGCUGUAUGAGGACCUCUUCAGCCAGUUCACACCCCACCAACUCUUCUUUCCAUAAUAUGGACUUGGUCUUUUACCAAACAGGGCUAUCUUCUGUAUACCACCCCAACCUUGUCACAACACAACUGAUUGUCUGAAAUGCAUAAAGGAAAUAAAUUGACUUUGAACAAAGCACACGUUUCAUUUGAAAUUAAUUCCAGGUGACUACCACAUGAAGCUAGUUGAGAGAAUGCCAAGAGUGUACAAAGCUGUCAUCAAGGCAAAGGAUGGCUACAUGUUACUACCUGAUUCCAUAUGUGUUAUUUCAUAGUUGUGAUGUCUUCACUAUUAUUCUACAAUGUAGAAAUGAGUCAAAAUAAAGAAAAACCCUUGAAUGUGUAGGUGUGUUUUGACUGGUACUGUAUAUAUUUACCCAAAAAUAUAUAUGUGGGAUUGGAAAUUAAUCAGACAAUUACGCUGAAGGAAUCUACAAUCUAUCUGCAAUAUUAAAGCUGAUCUACACCUUCAA